GGUCACGUAUAUUCCACAUUUAGUUUUAAUAUUGCAUGUUUAGAUCUGCAAGAACGACGCAAAAUUCAUCUCAACGUGUACUGAGGAAGUGUUGAGGCACAGUCAACGAACACUGCUGAUAUUUCAUGUGAAAUUGUGAAGGCCUGUGUACACAUAUCUAGACUGGCGCAGGAAAGAGCCACAGUGACGGUCUGAUUUGAUCCGACUUCCCCGACUGCAGGCCUGACGAACAUCAAAACUGUCGAGCUACAUUACCGGGUAGCCAACCAAAAUGUUCAGAUGGUUCUGGCCAAGGCAGGAGGAGCCACCAGAGGGUGCUUUACGCAAGCUGGGCUGGGGGGAAAGCCUAUUUAUUGGAUUUAGCAAAAUCUUCAAGGGUGGCCAUUUAAAAUUUACCCUAUUCAUGAAAACCAAGGUUGACAUCACUCAUGAAACCAUGUACAAGGCUUUAGUUCAGGCGGCUCGGAGACACCCUCUUCUAAAAUCUAGGAUCAGUUACAAAGACGGGAAGUACUACUAUGUUCCUAUGUUAAACUGGGAAAGUAACCUGGAGUUGGAGACAACUGUAAGUGACGACUGGCAGGAAGCUUCUGCCAAAGGGUUUCGUAGAGGUUUUAACGACGAAAUCGGACCUUUAUGGCAUGCUUACUUGGUCGAAAUAACAAGAAAGGGACAACAGGACGAUGACAGCGCCGAUGCCAAACACCCCGAGACAAAGAGCUACGCCCUUGUCCUUAUGUUCAAUCAUGCCAUAAUAGACGGGAAAAGCGCGGCCGUAGUUUUGAACGACAUUGUUCAAAGUUUGAACUCGAUAAUUGAUAAUGUUCACAACUACAGCGCCGAGGAAGAGCUGAAAGUUGCCCCACCCCUUGAGAACGCCUUGCUUCCCGGAGUGCGUCCUGGCAUAUGGGAUUAUGUGAAAAUAUUCAAAUUCCUACGUCAGUUCUUGUCAGCAGCUAAAAAUCCGUACACUGAGCUUUAUCCAGCACGUAUUCUUAGAGAACCCGAUGUUGACAACGAUAUAACUAAGAUUAUUGAUUUCUCUGUACCUAUAGACCCCCUUCUCCAGCGAUGUCGGGCUGAGAAAGUCACCAUUCAAGCGGCAGUGACGGCAGCUUCGUGUUUGGCCAUGCUUGAUCUGCUGCGUAAGAAAGCCCCAGAGACGGAGAGACUACCCGCGCCAUCGAGUUACGUGGUAGAUUUUCGACGAUUCUGCGAGCCAGUAAUAGAACCUCAGUUCAUGGGGUUUUAUGCCAUAUCAAACACCAUGCCGCCACUCAAUGUUACAGGAAGUGUUACAGACAGCAAGGCAUUCUGGGACAUUGCCAGAGAAGCGUCUGCUGAAAUACGCCGAUACAUUUCAAAUCCCAAGGAACCAAUAAAAACAUUCCGCGUGAUGACCCAACUUCUUAACUUUGAAUCCCUUGGCAAGAAAAUGAAUGAAGCUAAGGAUACUGGGUUGCGUAACGGAGAAGCUUUUGGUAUUUCGAACAUUGGUGACAUUGAACCCUUAUUUCCCGCUGGAAGAGAGGGUGCCACUGUAGAAGCAACGAAGGUAUUAUGGGCUACAAAUGGCGCCAUGUUUUGUUCCCCCUUCUAUCAUUAUUUGUUGUCCAUGAGGGGUUUUCUGGUUUGGAGCCUCAACUGGUAUCCGAAUAUUUCCACGGAAGAGGAAGCAAUGGCGUAUGCAGAGAAAAUUCAGGAAGCACUGAAGAGUGCUGUCGACUGAUAUUCCGUAGUUGCAACUUUAAAACAUUAACGCUCGAUUCAUAGAAAUGAUGGAUCUCCUCAUUUUAAUGUUGUACAAAAAGUAUUAAGACGCAUUAAAGAAAGAGGUUGCCUGAUAUUAGAACUGUUGGAUAACAUACAACUUACAGUAGGCCUAUGUCUUAUUUUAUGCAAGGAUGUAUAUAUACAGUAUAUAUAUGUAUGUAAGUGUGAAGAGGCAUUGUAAAACGCUACGUCCUGAUAUCAUUUACAGUCACCAAAAGACUUUAAAAAUUAUACCCUUUGUGUGUGAAACUGAUAUGCAUAUAUAAACAUGUAUAAUAUAUACCCGUAGGCCUACGUGUUUUAAAGAAACUACUUCCCAUUGCUGUUACAGUGUAUUACGAAGGCUAGAUUUGUUAGGUGAUUAUGUACCUUUUCCAUGCUUGCAGGAUGUCCCAAGCUUAUCAUUAAUUUAUAAACCUUUGUAGUAAGAAGAUGAGUUUCACUCUGAGUUUCCUCGUUCACUUUUCCGUGUUCCGUCGUCAAACUGACUGUUAAACUGAUAGCCCGUAGGCCAGUAUAGUCUAUACUUCCCCCCUUUAGCUAAUUUCAUUCAUGUGCUUCAUGUGCUUUUCUGAUAGUUUAGCCCUUUGUCUGAGGUGGAUAAAGAGUAAGUAGUGCUGGUCACUGAUACUGGUAUUGCUCAUUAAAAUGUAGUGUAUAAUUUCUAAUGUGAUUUCUGUAAAGUUGCGAAUGAUUUGAAUUAUUUCUUAUUGGAAGUGUAGAAUGUGGAUAAUUACGUAGAGUAGCCCCUAAAGCCGAUGUAGUUAUGAUCCAUAUAUUUCUAUUGAAGAUUUAACCUCUUUAAAGCCAGUUUGGACCUUUUUGAUUGCCUAAAAUAAAAAAAGUGG